GAAAACCGAGGGCGAAGUCAUUACUAACUCAUGGAGCCAUGUAUUAUUCUCGGCAGCUGGCAAAUUAUAAUCUUGGUCUGCACAUCGAGAACACAGGCGAUGGAUAUAUGAUUUUAUGGAAUGAAAGUAUCACAGGUAGAGGAGGUAAUGAGAUAGCUUCAUGCAUUUUUAAGAUACUUAGUAGUAUUACACUAAACAAAGAAAAUUUAAUCAUUUGGAGCGAUAACUGUUGUGGUCAAAAUAAAAAUAAAAUGUUUUUAUUUUUAUGGGCAUUUUUGACUUUCAAGAAAGCUUUUAAGACCAUUGAACACAAAUUUUUGAUAAGUUGGCAUUCUUAUCUCUCAUGUGACCGAGACUUCGCAAUGAUUGAAAAACGAAAACGGGUGACAAAAUGUAUGGUGCCCGAUGACAUAAAACAUCUUAUUGAAAAUGCUCGGUUCAAACAACCAUUUCGGACUAUUACAAUGAGUACUGAAGAUUUUUAUGAUUUUAAGUUGGCUGCAGAAACCUUUUUAAACACGACGACACUGCAAAUUUCAAAAGCGCGUCACCUGAAAUUUGAUAGUGAAGAACCGUUCGUAAUUCGAAUGAAAGAAGCACAUAGUUUUACGGAGAGCUGGAAAGUUGUGAAUCUUCUAAAACGAAGCAAGACGCUUAAUGACAUUUCUGCAUACACAUUGCCUAAACUAAAUUGUAAAAGCAAAAUUACUGAGGAGAAGAAAAAAGAUCUUUUAGCAAUGAUUCCCUAUCUUAGAAAUGAAGAUCACCGAAAACAUUAUGAAGAUAUUUUGAACUAAACUAAAAACUUACAUGUUCUUACGAAUGUUUAAAUUGUUGUAGUAAUAUAAUACUUUAAUUUUUUUUUUGUUAAUAGUUUGAAAGAUGAUUGUUUACUUUUAUCGUUACGUUUGUCACAGCCCUAGUUUUUUAUACAAUAUGAAUACUUGCAGUAAAUAAGGCACUAAGUACCAAAAAGUUAAAAAUCAAACUAAGUAAGUUCGGUUCUAAAUGCCGCCCAACAACACAAAUAAAGCACUAAGGACCCAGCAUGGUAUUUUUCUAACAAAAUAAUGGUAUGAAGUUCGCGCGAGUACUACGUGCCAUGGGUUCGGUUUUUUAGAAGGCACUAAAGACCAUUGGCGUCAGAUUCAUUUUGUAUCAAAAUGGCCGACUUCGACGCGCGUCAGUCCAAUGUAAGUGGUGCAAAUAAAAGGAAAAAACAGUGUUCAACUUCAAGUUUUGAAAGAAAACGACGAAAAACACAUGGCCAAGAAUAUAUUUCAACAUCUGAAAAAGUCAUUCCUGCAGUUUCUGCUCCUGGUGCCGAGGUAAAACAAACAAUAAUUUUGAUAUGGUUAUUAGCCAAUUUCUAAGGAAUAUUGAUAGUGACGUGCAGAGUGUGUGACCAUAAAGCGGGUUGCAGACCGAAAACUAAGCUAUUCCAAAGCUAAGCUAGGGAAGCUAGGCUAAGCCAAACUAAGCUAAGAUAGAAAUAAAUGGCGUGCACACAAAGAGCUAAGCCAAAGCUCAGUUAGUGUUGCGGAGUUCAAUUAGACGGACGUCAGGCGCUUGCUAUGAAUAUAAUCGAUGAAGAAAGUUCCGAUGAUGAAUACGUUACACAUAGAAAAAGAAGAUUAAUACUGACUUAUUAUUAUUAUAUAAGAAAACGACAUUCUAGACCUUGGAUAUGUCAACACAUUGAAUCUCGGCACGCAAGUGGAGAGUUUAGAACUUUAUUUUACGAAUUAGAUGAUGAACAUUUUCAGUUAUAUUAUCGUGUUACAAGAGUUCAGUUUUAUGAUUUGUUAUCAUUGAUUAUCGGAGAUAUUACUAAACAAGAUACUAACUAUCGGAAGGCUAUAACCCCAGAAGAAAGAUUAGCUAUUUGUUUAAGGUUUUUAGCUACUGGCGACUCCUUUAGAACAAUUGGAUACAAUUACAGAGUGGGUAAUAAUACAGUUUCUUUGAUUGUUAAAGAUGUGUGCAAUGCACUUUGGAUUCAUUUGCAACCAAUAUAUAUGAAGUUACCGACAGAAAGUGAAUGGGAAGUAAUUGCAGAAGACUUUAAUGAUAAAUGGCAAUUCCCUAACUGCCUUGGUGCCGUGGAUGGGAAGCAUAUCUCAAUAAAAUGCCCUCCUCAGUCGGGUUCUAAUUAUUUUAAUUAUAAAAAAUUUUAUUCUGUCGUCCUUCUCGCAGUCGUUGAUGCACACAAAAGAUUUAUUAUAAUAGACGUUGGUUCAAUGGGCCGAUUUAGCGACGGAGGUAUUUUUGCAGAUAGUGCAUUUGGCCACAAAUUACAAAACGGGCAAUUAAACUUGCCCAAUCAUAAACCUUUAACGCCUGAUGGCGAUCCAACACCUUUUGUGUUUAUAGGUGAUCAAGCAUUCCCAUUACAAAAACACUUUAUGAGGCCGUACCCACGGAGUACAUGUUUAGAUAACAGAGCAAAAAACACCUUUAACUAUCGUCUCAGUAGAGCACGAAAUGUAGUAGAAAAUGCGUUCGGCAUAUUAACAGCGCGAUUUCGUGUGUUUCGUCGACCAUUUGAAUGUCAAUUGGAACUAGUGGACGUCAUUACAAAGACUACCUGUGUCUUGCACAAUUAUUUAAUGUCUUCAAGAACGACAACUAGUAACGGCAAUACCGUCAAUAUUGAAGAACAGCAAACUUUAAGAUCAGUACAAUACGACAACUUACGAGCAACUAGAGAAGCAUUUCGUAUACAUCAGCUGGCCGCGCCGCCCGCGCCACCCGCGGCGGCGAGCUCCGAGGUUAAUGAACUUAAACGGGCGAUUACCGAAUUGACGCGGCAGGUGGCCGCUCUAGCUUCGUCGUCACUUACACUCAAAAAGGGAGAAAACAAAUCAUUGUUCUUGAAUGGUGUCCACAUUGGCAAAUGGAGAGACAAGCGGUACGUGCUCUAUAUAUCCACAGAACAUGAUGACGAGAUGAUGGAAGUUGCUAACAAGAGAGGACAAGUGUUAUUGAAACCCACAGCUAUCGUCCAUUACAACAACUUUAUGUCUGGGAGUAUAGUCUCUGAGAUAGAAUAUGAAAAUUUUCUAAGAACGUCGACAUCAUCCUCAGACCAAGCUGAAGUGGUAACAAAUCCAUCGGUUUCCCACAAUUGUGGAAAACAACAUCAUGAUCCAGUUUCACCUACAAGACAUACUCAAGAACCACCUCUCAAUAAUGAAGUCCAGGAAAUUCAGAUAGACUGCGAUAAUACCCUUAUUAACCGUUUUGUUGAUAUUCCUAAUUCAGAAAUAUCAGACAUAUCAGAAAGCAUCCUAAACCCUCAUGCUACACAAUACAUUCUUCUAAUAAUGCCCGGCUCAAUUGGGGAAUGUGAUUAA